UGUACAUCAGAUGACUUCUCGUUUGAAAUGGCGGAAAAACAAACUGACAAAGACGGACAAUGUGUUCUUCCCUUGUCACGAAUAAGAACAAUAAUGAAAAGCUCACCCGAUGUGGGUAGCAUUAGUCACGAAGCACUGUUUCUGACAGGAAAAGCAACGGAGAUGUUUGUGAAAAAUUUGACUAAUGUGUCUCGUAAGAAGAGCCAAGAUAAAAUGAAUGUUAGUUACAAAGAUUUAGCUGAAGUAAUCAACGAUGAUGAUAUAUUGCAGUUUCUUCAAGAUAUUAUUCCACUGAAAAUCAAAGCCAAGGAAUAUCUAGAUCAGCUAGAGGAUGAGGACGAAGACUCGCCAUGACAGAAAGCAUGUAGAUACCGCAGUGUUCAGAUGGACUAUGGAGAUGCAAAACCCUCUUGUAAAUUAGUUCAAAUGAUUUUCAAAGUCACAUCAAAUGUUAGAACACUGCUUGUUUAAGAUUCCGUGUAUUAGGUGGUGUUUGUAGAUGUACUGAUACUUCAGUCUUGUUAUUGGUAAACUUACAUCUUUUGUCCUUGUACACUAUACGGGUGGAAAAGUAGUUCUUUUCAUAAAUACUGUUACAUGUAUUAUCAGAAUCAGUUAUGAAGCAUGUCAAAUCUGCAAUAAAUUUAUGUUAACAUUCA